AUGCGUCACCGACUGAUCUGGCAACCUCUUAAGGAAGCAGACCCUGAGCUGUAUGCUCUCAUAGCGAAGGAGAAGGAGCGGCAAGUUGAAUGCAUUGAACUGAUUGCUUCUGAAAACUUCGUGAGCACAGCGGUGCAAGACUGUCUCGGGAGCUGUCUCACGAACAAGUACUCUGAGGGUCUCGUGGGUGCUCGUUACUAUGGGGGCAUGGAGUUUGUAGAUCAAGUGGAAACCCUAUGCAUUCAACGCGCUAAGGAAGCAUUUCGUCUUGACCCAGAUGAAUGGCACGUAAAUGUACAGCCCCUGUCUGGGAGCCCGGCCAACUUCGCUGUUCUCAUGGCCCUCCUGCAGCCCCAUGACCGAUUCAUGGGCCUUGGUCUCAAUGACGGGGGUCAUCUGACGCAUGGGGCGUACACCCCGUCUCGGCGUAUCAGCGCGAGUUCUCUGUUCUUUGAGCCGCUUCCCUACGGGUUGGACCCCAAGACGGGCCUAAUAGACUACGAAGAGCUAGAGAGGCUCGCAACCCUCUUCCGCCCGAAACUCAUCAUCUGUGGACACUCUGCCUACCCUCGCCUUUUGGAUUAUAAACGUUUCCGGGCAAUCGCCGAUAAAGUUGGGGCCUUCCUCUGGUGUGACAUGGCGCACUUCAGCGGUUUUGUCGCUGCAGGCAUUUUUGAGUCGCCGUUUGACUACUGCGAAGUUGUCACCACAACGACGCACAAAACCCUCAGGGGGCCCCGCAGUGGCCUCAUCUUCAUCAACACCAAACGAGUGCCCAAUGGAGCAUCGAAAGUCGAUGCAGCUGUCUUUCCGGGUCUGCAAGGGGGGCCCCACGAGAACCACAUAGCCGCUGUUGCUCACCAACUCAAACAGGCAAGUGUAGCCAGCACCAGCCAAAAGACGUGCACGCCGGAGUGGAAAAUCUAUUCACAGCACGUAUUGGAGAAUUGCAAGUUGCUGGCGGCUGAGUUGCAGAGUCACGGCCUGCAGCUCGUCACCGGCGGGACGGACAAUCACCUGCUGCUUCUUGACUUGAAGCCCCAUGGGUUGACAGGUGGGAAGCUUCAGUUGGUUUGCGACUUUGUGAACAUCACGCUGAACAAGAACUCCAUCUCGGGCGACUCUCCAGGCAUUCCCACGGGCGUACGCAUCGGGACCCCCGCCAUGACGACUCGAGGGUUCGGCUCGAAGGAGUUUAGACAAGUCGCCAGUUUCAUCAAGGAGGCCAUUGACAUCUGCUGCGAAAUACAAGGGCAGUCGGGUAAGAAGCUGGCGGACUUCAGAAAACACGUCACUCUGUCGCACCCCCGCAUAGCCGAUUUGCGCGAGCGGGUGCGAGCGCUCGCCCGCAGUUUCCCGAUGCCUGGCCGACGCGACGUAUGA